AUGGCUGCCUCCCUUAUGAAACCACUAAAUGCAUCAAAGUUUAAUUUUGCAAAUGCUGGAAAGAACUUGUAUGCCUGCAGGGCAGAAGAGAAGGCUCCCAGUACUGAAGUUUGGAACAGAAAUGAGUAUACUCCUUUAAGUAACACAACAGAUUCAAGAUCUGAUAGUGGAAUUAUUCGAAAGUCUGAGAGCUUUUCAAAUAGUUUGAAAACUAACCAUAAUUCAUCUCAGCAUGUCAAAACAAGAGAAACCAGCCCAUCCUGUAAAUCUAAAGGACAAUGGCCAGUGAAACCUAAUGCUGUUUCAACAACUCUGCAGGGUCGUAGUGUGGCAUACAAGUUUAACCACAAUAUUCAGCAAAAUAAAAUGAACAAAAAAGCAUUUGAUUGUGUUCCAGAAGACAAAAGUCAGGAAGUUUCAUCCUAUCAAUUAAUAACUAAAGAAAAAAAGAAUUCUUUGCGAAUCAUAUCUGCAGUCAUUGAAAGUAUGAGGCACUGGAGUCAAUAUGCUUAUAAAACUGCACUAUUAUUUGAAGUUUUAGGCACACUUGACUCUGCAGUCACACCUGGAGCAUAUGGGGCAAAGAAUUUUCUUCUAAGAGAUGGAAAGGAGAGCCUGCCUUGUGUAUUUUAUGAGAUUGACCGGGAGCUUCCAAGACUAAUUAGAGGUCGAGUGCACAGGUGCAUGGGCAACUAUGAUGCAAAAAGGAACAUUUUCAAGUGCGUCUCUGUAAGACCAGCAACUAUUCAAGAACAAAACACUUUCCAAGAAUUUGUUAAAAUUGCAGAUGUUGAGAUGACAGCAUACGUAAAAAGAGUUAAUGAAAUUUAA